UGUGUGUGCUGUUGCUUGUUGAAAUCCGCGCGAGCGUAAUCCGAUCCCGAUCCCGACUCCGACUGCGACUCCGAUGCCGAUACCCGCGAUCUAUUCAUAGCUCCGCUUAUCACUUGAGGGCGCCAGGCGUGUCGUCUGCGACCUCUGACCCACAAAGCCGUAGAUCUCGGCGGCCGGGCUGAGUUAACGAUGCUGCUAGAGGCAGCCUGCCUUGUGCAAUGGCCCCCGCUAUCAGAGCGAUAAGGCUAACCAGUGGCGAGCCGCUCUAGAGCCGCGGAUCAGUCGCGAGCCACAUCUCCUGCCCCUCGAGUAUCGCACGGCUUGAGCUUCUGCCCAAAAGCCGCUUCUGGCCGAUGGUUACGUCAAUUCCAAUUCCAAUCCGCGUUCGCGUUCUCGUGCAGUUCUUACCUUGCAUGCUGAGCGAUGAGGUCGUGGCCUGGCCUUUUCUGGCUUCUGACCCUGGCGCUCCUGGCGGAUGGUCGUCGCGAGUCCCAGCUGCGGAUCGGCAAGGCCAUGAAUAUAUUAAUGCGCUACGGAUACCUGGGCAUUUCCAUGCGGGUCGUACCGCUGAAUGACAUGAUUGAGCCGGAGCGAUGGAUCUUCAAAGAGCCCACCAAAAACAUUUACACGGAUCUUAGUGGUCUGGCGGAGAGUCACGAGGACACCACACCUGGCAUCUUCCACGGGGACUUCCACAUGGAGUUCUGCGAGAACCGGCGGCAGUUGUUUCAGGCGUAUUUCCGUGACUUCACCAUCGAGCGAAUGGACAAACCCUGGGAGGCGUUCACGGCCGGCUGGUUUCCGGACAGUGCGGCCAAGAAGAUGGGCAUCAACACGUCCUUCAUCCUGGGCGACUACUCGUAUGUCCUUGUGAGGGUGGUGCGAUUCAGAGAAACGGGACGUCUGAAGACCGAGAUUCCCGUGAACCAGCCAUUGGAGCCGGAUGUGCGAUCCCGGAUGGAUCAUGUGCAGGUUGGGAACAUAACUUCGGCAGUGCGGUUUAUGGAGAACGUGGGCACCCACUACGUGAACUCCUACACCACCGGCAACUCGCUGUACCAGGUGUUUGUGUACAGCCGCAAGAACUACAGCAUGAUCAAGGAGCGGAUCAAGAGCAAGGGCUUGAACGGGCUAUCAAAGCUGGAUCUCUACAACUACUUUGCGCCCUGGUUUGCCACGCAUCUCGGCCAGAUCCGGUCGGCCAGUGCGAAUUCCACCGUGGAGCGGUGGGCCAGGAGGAAGCUGCAGUACGAGUACUACGUGGUCAAGUACGUGACCCUGCUGAAGCUGCACGGGAACAGCACUCUGCUGAGGUCACUGGACACGCUGCUGGGCAACGACGCCAUCCUGCAGCUGGACCUCAAGACGGUGAAUCCCAUCUUCCGGGAGCAUUACCCGGAGAAGGAGAGCUGGUUCGAGGAGGUGCUCGACAACAACAUUAAGCUGUGGGAGCUCAACAUGCCGCAGAGUCAUCCCAGACCAUAGUCGCACGGAUAUAUUUACCAUAGUUUGUUAGUUAACCUUCGAAGAAGAUAUCUUUAAAGUGGAAUCCGAUUCGAGCAUUUCGUGUGCGAUAUCCGGCAGCCAAGGAUCAAUAGUUCCUAGAUGUAGUUAGGACCUCUAGCGCGUAGUUAAUGUUCUGCCUGUGAUAGUUUAAGUAGUUUAAUUGAACAAGAGUACACAUCUGACUUGCAUUUCAGCUGACUAGCCCCUAAGAUCGCCUUAUUGCUGUACUAGUUUUUAUACUACAAUAAUAAUAAUGACAAAAUCGAAA